AAAAAGGUUUCACACGAUUAAGAAUAUCUCUAUAUCUGAUCAUGUAACUUUCUUUCUUUUCUUUCAAUUAUUAAUAUGAGACUUUGUUCGCACAUCCAACGAUUCCUAUAUAACAUGGCUUAUAAAUGGACCCAUAAACUCAUCCUCUCCUUAUCAAUUAGUAGCUUUUUUCCUCCCAAUUUCUUAACAAUGAAAAUGGUUAUACUAAUCUUGUUUGCAGCUUUGUUAGUGAUGAUCAUAUGGGUGUGGAGAAUGGUGAAUUGGGUGUGGAUCAGACCAAGAAAACUAGAGGUGUGUUUUAGGAAACAAGGAUUGAAAGGACAUAGUUAUACAACACUAUAUGGAGAUACAAAGGAGAUGGCUGAGUUGACUAAACAAGCAAAGCUUAAACCAAUGAGGCUUAAUGAUGACAUUCUCCCUAGAGUCCUCCCUUUCCACCAUUAUACUCUAAAUAAGUAUGGUAACAAUUGUUUUGCAUGGAUAGGUCCAGAACCCAGGAUUUUCAUAAUGGAACCAGAAUUGAUAACAGAAAUAGUAACGAACAACAACAUCUUCAAAAAACCAAAACCAGCACCAUUGGUAAAGCUUCUUGUGAGUGGCAUAGCAAGUUAUGAGGAUCAGAAAUGGGCUAAGCACAGGAAAAUUCUUAACACAGCGUUCUAUACUGAGAAGUUAAAGUGUAUGGUGCCAGCAAUGCACAAAAGCUGUGAGGAUAUGAUCAACAAGUGGGAAAUUCUACUUUGCAAUAAAAACAAAUCAUGUGAAUUAGACGUACAUCCAUAUUUUGAGGAUUUAACAAGUGAUGUGAUUUCAAGAACAGCAUUUGGAAGUAGCUAUGAAGAAGGAAUGAGAAUAUUUCAUCUUCAAAAAGAACUUGCUGAACUCACGCGCCAAGCUUUCCAAUCUGUUUACAUUCCUGGGUGGAGGUUUUUACCAACAAAAAGAAAUAGAAGAAUGAAAGCCAUUGACAAUGAACUCAAAGAUAUUUUACGGAAGCUUGUGAGUAAGAGAGAAACUUCCAUGAAUUUGGGAGAAGCUCAAGAUGACUUGUUAGGCAUUUUACUGAAGUCCAACGUGAAGGAAAUUCAAGAAAAUGGGAGCAAAUGUGGUAUGACAACUGAUGAAGUAAUAGAAGAAUGCAAAGUCUUCUAUUUUUCUGGCCAAGAGAGUUCUUCAAAUCUAUUAGUUUGGACUAUGGUUUUAUUAAGUGUGCACCAAAAUUGGCAAAUUCGUGCUAGAGAAGAAGUUCAACAAGUCUUCCAGAAUAAUAAACCAGACUUUGAAGGGCUAAAUCGUCUCAAAAUUGUUACAAUGAUUCUGAAUGAGGUCUUGAGGUUAUAUCCUCCAGCACCAUACAUCGUUCGUAAAGCAAACCAAGAGACAAAGCUAGGAAAAUUGAUUAUCCCUCCUGAAGUUACCUUGGCGAUACCAACAAUUUUUGUUCAUCAUAAUCAAGAACUAUGGGGUGAUGAUGUUAAAGAAUUCAAGCCAGAAAGAUUUUCUCAAGGAAUUGCAAAUGCAACAAAGAACAGACUUUGUUACCUGCCUUUUAGUUGGGGUCCUCGCAAUUGCAUUGGCAACAAUUUUGCUAUGAUGGAAACUAAGAUUGCCUUGGCUAUGAUGCUUCAACGUUUUGCAUUUGAGCUUUCUCCAUCUUAUACUCAUGCACCUACUUAUGUGGUUACUGUUCAACCUCAAUGUGGUGCUCACUUAGUCUUGACAAAGUUGUAGGAUACGUUGCUCGGAUUUUCCAAAAUUAUUGUUGCUACUUUUAGAGGAUUUGGCACAUAUUUAUUGUUAUCUCGAGUCUUAAAAACAUAGGUUAGAGGUGAUUGAAUAAUCUUGAUUUGUUCUUUCGAGUCAUGCCAAUCAUUGUUGUUUGCAAUAAUUAUAUUGUUUAUAUUAUAUCUCAUGGGGUGUAGCCCUUCUUGGAACCCUGAGAACGUUGUUGUCGUAGAUCCUUUCGCUAUUAUUCUAAAUCUUUCGUGUUCUAAA